UCGUGAGCAGAAAACACUUGGUAAUCCACUGUACGGGACUGGCUGCCGCUUCUCUUGAAGCUCCAUCUUUCAGCCGACUCCUUAUAAGUCAUUACAGCAUUUCUUUUGUUUUUCUCCUUUCUUUGCUCACUCCUUGCGCUCAUUCUCGCCACUGCUCAGACCAGGGUUGUGUGUUGUUGGGGUUGAGGGGUUGUGUUGUGUUCAGCUUGAGGAAGGAACAUGCAGCAUCCCGGAGGAACAUGUGUGGCGUUACCCAACGUGGAUGCCUGCCCUCAGUUAUCCUGCGCUGCUCUCACCUUUAUGUAUUUACAGCAGGGUAACCAGGAUACACCAACACUCCCGGACCCAUCCAUGGCCCAGACUUACCCGUCAGCCCAGUUUGCUCCCCUUCCCCAAAAUGGCAUUCCCACCGAGUUCACAACGUCGCACCCACAUCCACAUUCACAUCAGCACCCAACACCUCAAGACUACUCCGGUGUCCAGGCCUCGAUCAGCGACCAUCCACUCAACAUGUACCAGUCCUCUCAGAGCCACAGUGACCAGAAUGGAUCAGACACCGGCAGUCAGACGGUCACUGGCACAGCCACACAGACAGAUGAUGCCUCUCAGACAGACAGUCAUCCACCAACACAGACCGUACCUGAAAACACAGACAGCAAAGCCCAACCCAAAAGACUUCAUGUGUCCAACAUCCCCUUCAGAUUCAGAGAUCCAGACCUCAGGCAAAUGUUUGGCCAAUUUGGCAAAGUCUUAGACGUGGAAAUCAUCUUCAACGAGCGCGGCUCAAAGGGUUUUGGAUUCGUAACAUUCGAGCAUAGUUUGGAUGCCGACAGAGCCAGAGAGAAAUUGCAUGGCACUGUGGUCGAAGGCCGAAAAAUAGAGGUCAACAAUGCAACAGCCCGAGUAAUGACAAAUAAGAAGGCUGUCAACCCAUAUGCAAACGGCUGGAAGUUAAAUCCAGUGGUCAGUGCUGUCUAUAGCCCAGAAUUCUAUGCAGUACCAGGUUUUCCCUACCCAGCAACCAGUGCAGCAGCAGCAUACAGAGGAACCCACCUACGAGGUCGAGGACGAACAGUCUACAACACAUUCAGGGCAGCCGCUCCGCCUCCUCAUAUUCCAUCUUAUGGAGGUGUUGUUUACCAGGAUGGAUUUUAUGGUGCAGAUAUGUAUGGUGGUUACGCUGCCUACAGAUUUGCCCAGCCUACUGCUGCCACAGCAUCUGCAUACAGUGACAGUUAUGGACGAGUAUAUGCUGCCGAUCCCUACAACCACACACUCACUCCAGCAGCCGCAUACAGCAUUGGUGCCAUGAAUACAUUCGCCCCGCUGUCGGACGCCAAAACUCGGAGCCAUGUCGACGACGUGGGGCUUGUGCUGUCCUCUCUCCAGGCUAGUAUAUACCGAGGAGGCUACAGCCGCUUUGCUCCCUAUUAACAGCGCGUCCAAUCAAAUCUCAACCUUGCAAACGGACAGGAAGAACGUGUGAGUGUGUGCUCGUGUGUAUGUGUGUGUGUGUGUGUGUGUGUGUGUGAGAGAAUGAGAUCUGCAAGUGCAAGUUCAAAAGAGAGACAUUGCUGAGGCCUGGGUAUUGCAAUACAUGCAAUUUAAGCAUCAUUUGAGCAUCUCCUAAGCGAGAAAAAUCUAUAAAACGAAAAUGACAGCUGAUAUUUUUCAUCUUAUACCUCAGAUAUUUUGUGCUGUGUAUUUUGAUAUUGUGGGUUUUUAAUUUAUCAGGAUUUAAAAGACAUGCUGUAGUUUAUCAUCUGUAGAGGUUUUGUCCAUGGUACUAAUAGAGCAACCGUUAGAGUACAAUUAGACCACAGAGAACAUAUUUAUCAGAUUGUUGUACACCAAUCUUGUGGGAUAUAAUGUAACAUGUUUUGUUUAUUUAAAAGCAUGUAUCUCCAUGUUUUUAUUUAUUUGGGGGAAAACAAACGGGGGGAAAUGAAUGCCUUUCUGUGGGCAACAAUGUUGAGUUGUGUGCUAAAAAGUGUUUUUCUUUGAACUGCGCUGCAUUUUCAUGCAGUUUGGGAGUCAGGAAAUGUUGGAGAACAUUGUCAGAGUUACGUUUUUGUGGACAUUUAAUGCGCAGGAUCGUCCAAGUAAAAGCAGCAUAGGUCGGUAAAAGAUGGCUAAGUCGUUGAAGUCCAUUGUUUCCGGAUCAUGACUUCGCCAUCUUAACGAUAUUUCAGUUGAAGAAGUAUUUUAUUUGUGUAUUGUUUUAUUUAUUGUAAUCCCUGUUAGAAUACGUUGAUUUUCCAGACACAAGUCGAUGCCUUUGGGUUCUUGUUUUGUUUUAAUGUCAGGGGAAUUUAGUCGUGAUCGCAAGUUUAGAUGCAAAGUAUAGGCAAUCCCUGAUAGUAUAGGCCUGCAUAGCUGAUAGGAAAAAUGUGAAUAGUUUAGUUGGUAAGGAGAAAAAGAUGUGAGUCAGCACGUUAUUCAGACUGUAGCUUUACUGAGUCAAUAACGUGGUUCUCUCUUACAUCACGUCAAGCCAAAGGAUCCAGCGGAUAGCAACAUAUCUGGUGUGUUUAUGUGUUUAGUCAAGGUUCUACAUCAAAUAGAGAGGAAGGGGACUGUCAUGGAAACCUGAACAUGUGUUUAUGAGUUAGUUGUUUAGUCUAUGAGGUCAAAUAUGGAAAUGAAAGUCAGUCACAUGGUGCAGUUUGUGGCACUGAUGUUUUUUUUGUUCCGAGUAGCAAUGGUCAUUAACAUUUUUAUAGGAACUUCCAAUAUAUUCAUCGGUACGAUUGAUGAUUUUUAUAUUGCUGGAGAGAUUUAAAAUAUAUAUUGCAGUGGCCAAAUGCCACUUUGUAUUUUUUCUUUUUUUGUUUCCAUGGUUUUGUUUUGGUUUUUUUUGCCUUUUUCUUUAAUAUUUAAAAUGAAUGGGGGAUCAAAUAAAAUAAUCCAACAAUGUAAUAUAUUUGAACUGUGCAGUGAAGAUGUUCUUAUAUGAAACACAUAAUGGUAUAAUGUUUUAGACUUAGGCACAUAGAUCAGUUGUUAGGGCAAGCUAUAUUCUUUGCAAAGUCAUGUUCUGAUUUUCUUUCCAAAUAAUCACAUUGUAGUUAUGCAGUAUAUAUGCUCAUAAUUGACUUUGUCAGAUGUACUAUUUUGCACAACUUGUAAUUUUUACAUAAAUCUGAGACAUAUCAGUGCAGUAGUUGUACAUUUUCCCUGUCUUUUUUGUUUCUCAUGUUAUUGUUGGUGACAACUUACUUUUCAAGGCUCUCGACCUUUUACUCUUUGAAAAGUAACUGUUUGAAUAUUACACAAUUAUAUACAUAAGAGGAGUGAAUACAUUGUGAACAAGUUAAUAAAUGAUGUAAAUAGACGUUAAUGGACUCAAUCUGUAGUGUAUUUGAACCACGCUACUUCGGGAACGGAGGAGUUUGGCUGUGGAUUACGGUGCCGCUCCCGACACCACAUUCUGUUUACAGAUGAUCCAAAUCAGCGCUGUUGUUACACACAUCUCUUCUUUUUUGUAUCUAUCAUAAAUGACAUAGGGAAAACCCUCAGACGCCUCAUAAAAGGCAGCCAUGAAGGCACUAGGCCAGUUUGCUUUGUGUGCUCUGAGUGAGGAUGUAUGCUCAGAAACAGGACGAAUGAAGGUCUUCACUAUGCUGAAUGUCUGACUCUGCAACUACUUUAUCCAAGUGCUGCUUCCAGUAGGUGUUGUGGUUCAAAACAAGGCUUCCUGCACCGUCAUUGUAUGUGCAUGUACUAUGGUUCUUCCACUUACCAAUAACCAUAAAUAAAGUUUUGUUUUCUCAAGCUUC